AUAUUUUAAAACCUUAGACAACCAAUCUUCUAUAGGUCAUCACAGGAUACAUGACUCAUCCUUGUUAAUUAUAAUUAAGCACCCACUCAGUGAUCACUAAUCACUAACAUCUCCAAUAUUCUUCAACUCUUGGUCACAAAAAUAUGGCCGAUGAAACGGCAGUGCGUUUUGGCAUUCUAGGCUGUGCUAACAUCUCCAUCAAACUCAGCAAAGCCAUAGAGACAGCACCAAACGCCACCCUCCGGGCUAUAGGCAGUCGUUCCCUGGAGAAGGGAACGACCUUCGCGGCGGAGCACGGCUUGCCAGAGGAGGUUAGGAUUUACGGGAGCUAUGAGGCUGUUGUGGAGGAUGAUGAGGUGGACGCCGUGUACGUCCCUCUUCCGACCGGGCUGCACGUGGCAUGGGCGGUGAGGGCCGCGGAAAGGGGGAAGCACGUGCUGCUGGAGAAGCCGGUGGCGAUGAACGUGGCGGAGCUUGACCGGAUUCUGGAGGCAUGUGAGGCUCAUGGAGUGCAGUUCAUGGACGGGACCAUGUGGGUGCACCAUCCUCGAACGGCGAAGAUGAAGGAGGCCUUGUCAGAUGCGCAGCGUUUUGGUCAACUCAAAUUGAUACACAGUUUCAUGGCGUAUAACCCUGGCCCAGAGUUCAUCAACCACAGCAUCCGUGCAAAGCCAGAGUUAGACGGCCUUGGCGCCUUGGGCGACGUUGGCUGGUACAGCAUCCGAGCCAUACUAUGGGCCGUGGACUACGAGCUUCCAAAAUCAGUACUCGCAUUCCCCGGCACCGCCUUCAAUGAAAAUGGUGUCAUCAUCUCUUGCGGUUCUUCAUUGCACUGGGAAGAUGGAAGAUCUGCCACCUUCCACUGUUCUUUCUUAACUUACUUAGCCUUCGAGGUUACCAUCUUGGGCUCCAAAGGGUCUCUUCAUCUCCAAGACCUUACUCUUCCGUUUGAGGAGAAUUUCGGGUGUGGAACCUUCUCAGAGGCCUCAGAGGUUGAUUAUGGGAAGAUUGAGCCGGGAAGGUGGUGCCCGAAGGCAAAUGAGCAUGUUGUGGAGACAGAGUUCACUCAAGAGGUGUUAAUGGUGAAAGAGUUUGCUGAUUUAGUUCGGAAGAUUAAGAGGGGUGAGAUGAAGCCUGAGAAGGCGUGGCCUGUUGAGAGUAGAAAGACUCAGGUGGUGUUGGAUGCGGUGAAGGAGUCCAUUGAGAGAGGUUACCAGCCUGUUCAAAUUGGGAGUUAGAUAUUAUGGUACAUGUAUUUUGUACACAAGAGAGUUGUGAUGUGGAAUAGUUCUUAUAUAUGCACAAAAUGUCUAGUAAUGAACAAUCAAAUUAAAGUUCAAGGUGAUUUUAGGAUGAUUUUGAUGUAAGCUUUGAUGUUACUAUAUUUUGAUAUUUAUGUUACUACAUUUUGAUUUUUAAUUUAGUUGCAGCGAAUUAUGGUUUGCAUAUUUGCAACUAUCAAGUGUGUUUUAUUGUUGUAAGAUUAUGGUUAUUGAAUAUGUGCAAUUCUUGCUGAUUA